AGUACCUACUAAAAAUACCCCGACGUCAGGCUGAAGAAAGGACCUGGCUCAGGGCGGACAAAUUUAGUGAUUUCAUGUGUGAGUCAAAGGACUCCACGGAAACAUGUCGGGUCAGAGGGUAACCAACUUGCAUAUAGCGAUUAAACACUCGCUGUCGGUUUUAUUGCUGCUCUUUAUUUUAAUCAGAUCCAUCAACUCAGUUCGUUCCGCCGAUCAGAGAGGGGAGGAAGUAACGUUAGAGACUUACAAUAAAUACUACAAUUACGAUGAAUUUACAGACCUUCUUAAAAGUCUCUCUCAGAAAUACUCAAACAUCGCAAAUUUGACCAGCAUUGGGAGGUCCGUGGAAGGCAGGGAGCUAUGGGUGAUGAGAAUCACCAGGGACCCCAAUGCUGAUGUACCGGGAAAGCCCAAAUUCAAAUACGUUGGCAACAUGCACGGAGAUGAGACCGUGUCCCGACAAGUUCUGAUCUACCUGGUGGAGUAUUUGCUGCAGCGAUAUGGCGACGAUCAGCGGGUCACUGAGCUGGUCGACAACACGGACAUUUAUAUCAUGCCUAGCAUGAACCCUGAUGGAUUUGAGAAGUCUGUCGAGGGGGAUUGUAUGGGCAAAGAUGAGGGUCGGUAUAAUGCCAAAAACAUUGACCUCAAUAGAAGUUUCCCAGACCAGUUUGAUGAAAUACACGUGAAAGCAGAAGACAUCCCUGAAGGUGCUGCUGUCAUGAGAUGGAUACUGGAGAACAAAUUUGUACUUUCUGGGAAUUUGCAUGGUGGUACUGUGGUGGCCAGUUAUCCCUAUGAUGACUCCGCUUCCCAUAAAACUGAUGGCACCUACAGCAAGUCCCCCGAUGAUUCUCUCUUUAAAUACUUGGCGCUGGUUUACGCAGAAAAUAAUCCUGUCAUGAAAACAGGACAGCCAAAAUGUGAGGAAAGCAUGGCCGAGACCUUCCCGGAUGGUAUUACUAAUGGAGCAAAGUGGUAUGAUGUGUCAGGAGGAAUGCAGGAUUAUAAUUACUUGAAGGGCAACUGUUUUGAAAUCACUAUGGAGCUCAGCUGCUGCAAAUACCCACCCUCAUCUCGACUAAGAACUGAAUGGGACAACAAUCGGGAGUCUCUGCUGGCCUACAUGGAAAAGAUUCACAUCGGAGUACGUGGCAAUGUCAUAGCAGCCAGGAAUGGAGCCCCUCUUUCAGAUGCAGUGAUAAUGGUUGCAGGCAUUAAUCACAAUGUGAGCACCGCACGCUUUGGUGAAUACUAUCGCCUGCUGCUACCCGGCACCUACAACAUCACAGCCAUAGCCCCGGGCUACAUACCCAUGUCUGUGGUUGGUAUGGAGGUGAAAGAAGGCAGAGCCACCGAACUAAACCUCACCCUUGUGCCCGAAACUGAUGUGAAUCCCACCACCCCUUCAAUCCCAGACUCCCCCACUGCCACCUCCACCAACAGCUCCAGUGCAGACACCAGCAGCCCUGGUGCAGAUUCAGUGGAGAAAGAGCAGAGCUCCAACCUCGCGAUUCAGCCCCAGGACUUCCGCCACCAUCACUACAAUGACAUGGAGCUGUUCCUUCAGAAGUUCAGCUCUGAAUACAGCUCCAUCACACGCCUUUACUCCAUUGGCAAGUCCGUGCAGGGGCGUCUCCUGCGGGUCAUGGAGAUCACUGAUAACCCCGGUGUCCAUGAGUUAGGAGAACCAGAAUUUAAAUACAUUGGCAACAUGCACGGCAAUGAGGUGGUUGGCCGAGAACUGCUACUCAAUCUUAUCGAGUACCUCUGCCGAAACUACGGCAGUGACCCUGAGGUCACCCAGCUUGUGGACUCCACACGAAUACACAUCAUGCCUUCCAUGAACCCGGACGGAUACGAAGUGUCUCAGGAGGGAGAUAUCAGUGGCAUCCAGGGCCGUAACAACAGUAACAAUUUCGACCUGAACCGAAACUUUCCUGAUCGCUUCAAUUUCAUCACGGAUCCCAGACAGCCAGAGACCAUUGCAGUCAUGAACUGGGUGAAGAGCUACCCAUUUGUGCUGUCUGCCAACCUUCAUGGAGGCUCCUUGGUGGUGAAUUAUCCAUAUGAUGAUAAUCUAGAGGAUGUUAUUGGCUACAGCAGGUCAUCAGAUGAUGUUGUAUUUAAGAUGUUGGCUCUCGCGUACUCCGAGGAAAACACUCAAAUGCAUAACGGUAACCCUUGUCCAGAAAUGGAUCCAGAGUUUUUUGCAGAUGGUAUCACCAAUGGGGCUGCAUGGUACAACGUCCACGGGGGUAUGCAGGACUGGAACUACAUCAAUACUAACUGCUUUGAGGUGACCAUCGAAUUGGGCUGUUACAAGUAUCCACUAGCAGCAGAUCUGCCAAAGUACUGGAAUGAAAACCGUAGAUCGCUUCUGCAGUUUAUGCAUCGGGUCCACAGAGGAUUUAAGGGGAUGGUGAUUGACAGCAAGGAUGGGUCUGGCAUCCCCAAUGCGACCAUCACCGUGGAGACGAUUGAUCACCCUGUCACAACUAACGUUGCAGGGGACUACUGGCGCUUGCUAGUUCCAAAAACAUACCGCGUGACUGCAUCUGCCCAAGGCUACGUCUCAGUUAGCACCUACGCCACUGUGCCUGAAAAUGGGGUAGAGAUUGUUAACUUCACACUGACCCGGAUUAACACCAACGCAAACGGGCGGAUGACAGAAGAUGCCUCGUCGGUUCAGGACCCCACCGUGAAAGAGUUUGAAAGUCUCAUAAAGCAGCUGUCAGGAGAAUCCGGUCUGGAUGAGCUGAUCAAGAACACUCCCACCCAGAGCAGCUUCCGCUACCGGCGAUACAGCGAGGUUUCCGAGUUCCUGCGGGGCCUCACCCUGAAUUUCCCAGAGAUUACCUCACUUCACAGUCUUGGUCAGAGUGUGGAGUUUCGAACUAUAUGGGCUCUGGAGAUCUCAAACAACCCUAAAGUCCAAGAACCAUCUGAACCCAAGAUUCGCUUUGUGGCGGGCAUUCAUGGCAAUGCCCCAGUGGGCACAGAGUUGCUUCUAGAGUUUGCUGCAAGUCUCUGCAUCAACUACGGAAAGAACGCUGCCAUCACCAGACUGAUCAAUGAGACUAGAAUUGUUAUCCUGCCGAGCAUCAACCCAGAUGGGCGUGAGCUGGCAAAAGAGAACGACUGCAACUCCACUGCUGGCAUGACCAACGCCCACGGCAAAGACCUCAACAAUGAUUUCUUUGGUAAUGCAUCUCAGCGUGCUGGGGAGCUUCAGCCGGAGACACGAGCUGUGAUGGAUCUUAUACAAGAAAGGGGCUUUACUCUCUCUGUGGCUCUAGAUGGAGGCUCUCUAUUGGUCACAUACCCAUAUGACAAACCAGUGCAACCUGUUGAAAAUGAUGAUACUUUGAGAUAUUUGGCUACAGUGUAUGCCAGCCAUCAUCCCACAAUGCACUUGGGCAAUACUGGGUGUUCAAACAACGGCCAAAUGGGCAUCAUCCCUGAUGGUGUAUUAAGAGCAGCAGAGUGGCACAGUCACAUGGGCAGCAUGAAGGACUUCAGCGUAGACUUUGGUCACUGUCCUGAAAUCACUGUCUACACCAGCUGCUGCCUGUUCCCUACGGCUGAAAUGCUGCCCACGCUUUGGGCUGAGAACAGGAAGUCACUGCUGAGAAUGCUGGUAGAGGUGCAUAAAGGAGUUCGUGGAGUGGUCAAGGAUAGGAACGGUAAGCCCAUUGCGGGCGCUAUGAUAGUGUUGAAUGGUGCUGUGCGAGUAUUCACCAGUGAGGGAGGGUUCUUCCAUGCCCUUCUUGCUCCAGGUUUACACAACAUUGAAGCGGUAGCUGACGGCUACCAGCAACAGUCACAGAAGGUGUCUGUGUCACAGUUUGAAGCAGCAAGUACCAUUAUUAUCGAGUUUGACAUGGAGAACAAUAUAUUUGGCCUGCCAAGAGAAUUAGUUGUGGCAAGUGCAGCUGCGGCAAUGACGGCUCUGGUCAUCACGGCCUGCAUCAUCUGGUGCGUCUGCUCAGCCAAGUCAAACCGACAAAAGGACGGAUUCCAUCGGCUACGGCAGCACCGUGAUGACUAUGACGAUGAGAUUCGUCUCACAUCUAUGGGGUCCAAAAAGUCUCUUUUGAGCAACGAAUUUCAGGACGAGAGUGAAAGUGAUGAGGAUACACUAUACACAAACAAACUUUGAAAGCUUGCUUUCUCCACUGCCCUGAGUCUCUCUACUGCCCUUAGAGGGCCUGUAGAGGGCGCUCAUCUUAAUGACCAGCAGCAUAACCAUCCAAACGGUUAACAACCACCACGGGAUGCACUUUAAUGCCCUAGAGGGAUCGGGAAUCGUUUUUGCACCGUAGUGCAUGCAACUUACCCCCCUACAACAUGCUCUCGACCGGACUGCUUGUUGAUCUGGGUCUAUGUUACAUUGGUACCCUUUAAAUGGAAAUUGAACAGCUAGAGUCCAUCCAUGCAUAAAUCUCUACAGGAUUAUGAAACACUGUGCCUUGUUAGGUUAGAGGUUGUGUGGUGGUUGUAAUGUAAGGAUGAGAAUUUUAUAAUAUAAAUUCAUUUUUUGCUCCCUUCAAGUCGACAUCAGGAAUCGAUCCAUCUUGAAUUCUGAUUUACUCAUAGGCUUCAUUUUAUUUUGUGAAAAAGGAUGUAGACUGAUGUUUGAAUGAUCCGUAACAUUUCACAUUGCGCUGUUGUUUAUGAGAUUAUGGUAUUUUGUUCAAUUACAGUAUGCAUUCGUUAUGCAUGUCUCAGUCUGAGAUAUUCAGUUUGCCCAGGGUGUUAGCAGCGUUUCAGAUAUAGAGCUUUUAGAUUAUAUGUAAAGUUAAGCAAUCUCAUUAUGGUUUCUGUUUAUGCAUCUGCACAGUGGUCACAUAAAAUGUGCAGACAAACGCAUUCACUUCCUUGCUAUUUCUCCUCUGUUGUUUUGGCAUUUAGGGACAUGGUGAAGCAUUAAGAAUGAUUACCCCAUACCAGGGACAUGAUAGUGAUAGGCAGAUGUUAGGAUGUGUUUUUCAAUUUGUUUGUGUUUAAAGUGCACUCUUGUGGCCCCUGUUUCAUUAAUUUUUAAGAAUGUAUUUAUUCUUUGUUUUAAUGCCCGUCCAAUAUCAGGUUUAGUUUGCUCACUGGUUCUAAGGCAUAGCAAACAUUUGAAAAUGAAAUAGAUCAGAGAACUAAUUUAUGUGACUGACAUGCAUAAAUGUUAUUUGCAAUUUAGCAAGUAGAAGGAUGUUGCCAUAUGGUGUGUGUUUGAGUGUCAGUGGAGGUGGAAAGUGUGCUCUAUAUCAGAUUUUUCAUAAAACUUGUUUGAAACACAAGUAAUCGUUUGUGAACAUGCAAUUCUCAUGUCUUAUUUGUGUCCUGGUUUUGUGUGUAUGUAAGAGUUACCAGGUGUGUUUUAAGCACUCAUUAAGCACCGCACAGCUAGAUGAGUGUGACACAUUUACACAGUUCGGUGUUGCUCGAUGAUCUGAAUCCAUAGAACACCCUGUGGUGUCUGCCUGCUAUGUGCUGGCAGAUUCUCACGUCAUUGCUGAACAGCUCCUAAAUUACAUUUAUCCUAAAGAAGAUGGGAUAGAGAAGAGAAGCGUUUAGUCAUUGAUCAGCACAUGCUGUUUCAUAACAUUGUAAAAUACUAAAUGCUUUUAAAGGAGAAAAGCAACAAACACCUCAUUACACACAUAUCAAAACGUAAUAACAUUUUUAAUCAUUCACGUCAUUUUUUGCCUGAUUGAUCACUUCUACAUGUCAAAUGAUGAUAACUGGGAGAAUUAGGUUUAUAAUUUGAUUCGUUGUGGAACCGGUUACAAACUAAAUCUGAAUUUGAUCGGCUUGAUGUUGAUUAUCAUGCUUGAAUGUAAAUUACAGGGUGUGUUUGAACAAAAAUGUCUGACUUUUCUAUGUCUGUGCUGAUGUUUAUUUUUUUCUUUUAUACAACAACGAUUGUAGAUAUUGAAUUGUUGCCAACUAUAUGUAAAUUACACAAGUGCAAUUUCUGUCGAGUGAAAGAACUCCGCAAAUUAUCCUGUCUCCAGUUUAUUUUCUGAAAUGAAUGGUGUCUAAUAUGGAGGACUAAACCUGCAAAAAUUAUAAAUAAAUGAAUGUAUAAAUA